AUUUUAGAUGACUAGGAAGAUAUAGUCAAUAAAGCAAUCUUUUAAAAAGGCAGUUGCUUUUUUUCAAAAGAAAUAAUAGAUUGUAGAUUUAAACAACGACAAGGAUAUAUAAAGUAUACGAAGGAAGAGAAGAUUUAAACUACGUUAAGAGUAAAGACUCUUAAAAGAGUUACGUGGGUUCUUCGCCGGUCACACACAGUGUUUUUCAAGAUUUAUACAUGUUAGCGAGCCAACUUGCGGAACGUGCUUUUCUCAAUUUCCAACUGUUCGGUGAGAAAAAACAAUAUUUAUUCAUGGACCGUGAGGAGGAAGAGGAGAAAAUUCCAUUGACAUUGAGACGUGCAAGUAGUUUACGUUUACCAUCUCGUCGUACAUUUAAAGAUGGUGAAUUAAAUUCGAAAUUACAAAGUGGAGGAUCGCUGAGAAUUCCUGAAUAUUUGGCAAAAAAUCUACUUCAACUAGGAUGUCCUAUUGUAUCAAUACCACAACCUCGUGCUGGGGUCGGCACGGAGAAUUUGCCAAGUAGCGACAGCGAUGACUCUUCAACAAUGCAGAAUCGACAUGUAGGUCAUCAUCAAGGUCAAAGUCUAGGGCGUAGUCAAUCUCAGCCAAAGAGCACCGGUAUCCCUAAGGUAGAAGUUUCGGAACCGGAAGAUUCAUCCGAAUCUCUAACCUAUGUCGAUGGGUCGGCUGGAUCCAUUGGAGCCCGUUCAGCUCCAAAUACUCCUCUUCAGGGAAAUGUAGUGGGAACGCCACCAAUUGGCCAAACUCCCAUUUCCGGAAUACAACUCGCGAUUCCACCAUCUCCGAAAAGUCCUAAUCAUUCAGCAUCAAAAGGCAAUGAAAGCCAACUUUCAAAACCCUUGAGCAAAAGUACACCAUCUAUGACCGCAGAUGGAAACCAAACGCCAGCAUCAAUCAGUAGAACUUCAUCAAAAUCAUCGCCUGCUAUGUCCAUAAGUAAUGCACGACAAAAGAAAUUUCACAGGCAUUUCAGUCAGUCUUCAAAAUUUUGUGGUCAGGUGGCGUCGGACGAGAGGGUCUUGAAUUAUUACAGCUGCGCUUUGGUUGGCGAUAUUUUACUUCAGGGUCAUCUUUACAUAACGCCAAAUUAUUUUGCCUUCUAUAGUAAUGUUUUUGGUUAUAUUACAAAACUUUUAAUACCAACAAUAUCGGUUGUAAAAAUUACCAAAGAGAAGACUGCAAGAAUUAUUCCUAAUGCCGUGGCAGUGUCAACGGAAGAAAAUCGUCAUGUAUUUUGUUCAUUAUUAUCAAGGGACACCACUUAUAAAUUAAUGAUCGAAGUGUGGGAAGCGGCAAUGGAAUCGUUAUCUGUAAUUGAUGCACUACCACUUCCUGUCACUGAAGACAAAAUUGUUGUGCCAGAGGUGUUACUAGUUGAUGAAAGUGAAAUAAAAACUGAGGAAGACGAUUCAAGUAUGUCGGAAAGUGGAACUGACAUUACAUCCAGAUCGCCGACAAUUUGCACCGAUACCGAUGGUCAUUCACCUACAACUCCAAGUUUGCAGAGAAAAGAUUUUUUUUCCCUUAGGUUGGAACAGGAGCCUUUAUUGAAACAAAAAGUUUUGAGAUCGUCAAUGAAAUCGUCAUUAGGAUCGAUUAUUUGCGGAAGAUUUGAAGCCGGAACUAUUAUUGCUAUUUUAGUAGCCCUUUUGGCAGCCCUUUACGUAUCAGCCGCUCUAAUGAUGCUACGUAUUGACAAAUUGCACUCGGCAUAUGUCAAUCAUCCUCUUUCAACUUCAGAACGAUUCACACAGGAUCGACUUGUACAGUAUCUUAAUAUAAAUUUAGAACAAAUUACUAAGGUCCGACGGAGUCUACAAAUACUGUCACAGCAAAUUAUUUCCAUGAAUCCUGACAGCGAGAGUGAAUCAACAGUUACGAGAGGGCCAAUUGAACCGGAAGAAUCGCCAAGUUAGCCUUCGACAAUGCCAAAUAUUAAAAUUUUACCAAACAGAAAAAAACUUCGAGUUCCCCCGCACAUCACUAGCGUAUGAAGCGCGUCGUACUAGUAAAUAAAAUUUAAAUAAAUUCAUGCUUUCUUCUCAGCAUCUGUGAAUUUAUAUAAAAAAAAAUACUUGUUCAAAAUUCACAUCUGCUUUAAUGUUUUAAACAUUGACAAAAAAAAAAAUUAACAUCUAGAGAUGUAAUUUUGAAUUUAGUCUCAUAAUUCUCAAAUAAUAAUUGAUUGAAGCCUUUAUACUAAUUGGAGAAUAAUUUUAGACUUUAAACAGAAUUAUUUUUAGAUUCUAGAAUGAUAGGUUUCGAGAAAGAAAUAUUUUUUUUUAAAUAUUUCAAUAUUUUUUUUGGACAUUUAUAUUUUUCACAAUUUAAUUUAUUUUUUUUUUUUCUUUUAAUGUUCAAAGAAUUAUUUACCACUAAUUAUAAAUUUCUAAUUGUAAUAUAAAAUAUAUAUAUAUAAUAUUUUUAAUUAAUUAAAUUAAUAGUAAAAAAUAUUUACCACUAAAAUAUGAAAUUAAUAAUGGUAAAUAAUUACUAAGAAUUUAAAAAAAAUUGUUAUUAAUUAUUGAAAUAUUUGAAAAUAUAUUUUUUCCCUUGGGCUUAAUACGCAAAUCAUGAAAGAAAUUAAUUUUUUCGAAAAAAAAUACAUUGCAAAUCCUAAUUAUAAAAGCAGGGCGAAAAUCUAUGAGCGCAACUCGCUAGCUGAGGUGUUUCAACUAGUCACAAAAAUCUCUGCCCUUCGCACGAUUGUAUAAAUGAAGAAUAAUUUUAUGUAUAAAUAAUAUUCUAUGAAUUUCAUUAUACAUUCGCGAUUAUUCAAUUGUUGAUAAGUAUUUUAACAAAUCUCUCUUUUUUUUCUAUUUUUGCUUUCUCAUAGAGGAAGUAUUACAUUAUUUUAUUAUAAUUUUUUUUUUUUUUACAUGAAAAAGAAGUCUGUGCCAAGGAGUUUGAAUUAUUCGGGGAAAAUUGACUAAAUUCCACGUCAACUUCCACGAACGCAAAAAAUUUUUUCAUUCUUAAUUUUUUCAAUUGAAAAUUGGAUUUAAUGUUUUUAUUUUUCAUUUUCUAUUAUUUAUUAAAAUUUGGCGAAAUUAAAUACACGGCAUUUUUUUUUUUUAUUAUUAUUAUUUUAAGUAGAGAAUUUAAAGUGCCGUCCUUUUUGUAAUUUUAUAUAGGCUCACUGUGCGAUUUUUUAAAAACAAAAAAUACUAGAUUUUUGUAUACCGAUGAAAUUAUGUGCACGCAAGGGAAUUACGUUAUCGAGGCCUCGUGGAGGGUGGCGUGAUUAAAGACGAUACAAAUUUUUGCAUAUUUUCUCGGCAAAUUUAUUUCUUGAAAAAAAAAUCUACAGUCUUCAAUUUUAUAUUAUUAUUUUUUUAAUUUAUUGUUGAAAAUUUCUUUUAUUGGAUUUUAAAAAGAAUUGUAAAUUUUGAAUUUAGAAAAAUGUAGAGAUUUUUUAAAAAGUAUUUUAAAUUUUGUUUUAUGUUUUAAAUUAAUUCAGUUUUUAUUAAUUGAUUUACAAUUAAUUUUAAUCUUUUAAUUUUGGUUUUAAUUUUUUUUUCUUUUUUUUUUUGGUUCAAGGAUAAUGAUUUUUGUAAAAAAUGUAAUUUUUAAUUAUUUUUUAUUGUUAGGUUUUAAUUUUUAUAGUUUAUUUGGGUAUUUGUUUUUUUUUUAGCGGAUUCAUAAUAUAUUUUAAAUUGUUAGUGUUUUAAUUUUAAUUGAAAAUUGUGAAUAAAAUGAAAAGCUGUAUGAUUAUUUUGAAUGAAAUAUUUUAUACUCAUGCCAAGAUAAAUGUAAAUUUCAAUCGUUUCAAUCAAAUUGCAUGAUGAGCUGAUGUCGAUAAUGUUUUGAUAUCCGCUCUUGUAUAAUAAUUGUGAUGAAUGUGAUAAUUUUUUUAAGAGAGAAAGAAACGAAAGCUAUUGGGAAUGAAAUAUUUUUUGUAUUUAAAUAAAAAAAAAAAAAAAAAAAAACAAAAACAAAACAGUAAAAUAUCAAUUCUUUUUAAAACAAUUGGCUGUUUAGUUUUCUUUUAACACCGUUAAUAUUUAUUUCUAAUCCAGGAAUUAAUCUUGAAUACAAAAUUUCCAAAUAUAUUUUAUAUUUUUAAAUUUCAAAUUUUUUUUUAAUUACAACUGUAAUUCAUGUUAGUAAUUAAAAAAAAAUUUUUAAAUAGAUUUGAUAUUUUCUUGAAGAAAUUAUGAGUUUUGUUAAUUUUAAUAAAAAAUAGACAUAAAAUAAUCGAGUGCGAAAAUAAGAAUCAUAUUUCUCGUAGGUGUACAUAAUUAAUUAAUUAAUCUGUCCUAUCUGUUGUUUAUACUCGAAUCACUUAGAUUGUAAAAGCUCAUUCUAAAUAAAUUUAACUGUUAUUAUUUAUGGCCUCGUAUGUAAAAAAAAAAAAAUGUCGCUGUUUAAAAAUCUCAUGCAAAAAUGAGAUAUUUUCAAAAGAAACUUUAUUCUCGCGAGACAAAACUCUAUAUAACGAAGAAGCAAAAAAAAAAAAUGAUAAUAAAACAAAAAACAAAAAAAUUGUCAAAAUAAAUUUAAAUGAUCAAAAAACAAUUUUAAAAAUAUUAAAGAUCAAAUGAAAACAAAUGCAAAAAUUAUGUAGAUUUAUAAAAAAAAAGAGAGGCUUUUUUAACAGUGUAAUUAUUCAAUCUUGUUGAAACAAAUUUUUAAAAAUUUGGCUAAUAUUUUUUUAUUUUCUAUAUAAUAUAGAGAAAUGUGAAAAUUUAUUAUCUAUGCAAAUCAUUGUACAGAUUUCUUUCUUAAAGCAGAAAAAUAUUGUUUUUUUUAUCGUCGCCGCAUUUUAUGUUUUUUUUUUUUUUUUUUUUUUUUUUCUAGAUUUUUAAUGUGCCAAUACACACGAGCCGAACAAAGUGGAUUAAAUUUGUGUUCGUCUUGCACUUUGCACACAUUUUCAAAAUAAACGUUUCACAAAUCUUUUGUAUAACGACAAAUUUUGCGUCUAUCCACUUUGCAUCGAUGUUGUAUACGAGAAACAUAAAGUUUUUUAUAGACAAUUUAGUAAUAAUAUUAGUCCUAUAUUAUUAUUUUAUUAUCUUAUUUAUUUCAAUUACAACAGUAAUCGACAGCAAUUUUUUUUUUUUGAAAUAUAAAAUUAAAAAGAAAAGUGUCGAUUACCGUUUUAUUAUUUUUCAUUAAACGUCUAUUAUCGAUUUAAUUAGACGAUUUUUAUUUUUUUUUUUUAGAUUUAUUGUGGUGCUCAAUAAGCGAUUUGAAGCUUGAUCCUUAUUUUUUAUUUAGUCUGAGCUAUUCGUUUAUCGCUGAUAUUUUUUUUUAUUUUGUAAUAUAUAAAUAAUAGUUUAAACUACAAACAGCUUUUAUAAUUAAUCAUUAUUUUAUUUCAAUUCAUUAAUAUUUAUUUGAAAUUGUAGUUUAAUAGACAUUUUUCAUCUUAAUCGCAUCAACAUUUUUGGAUAGCAAGUUGUUCUCUGUCCACGACUGAAAUAAUAUAUAUAUACAAUAUAUAUAUAAUAUUGUUAAUAAUAUAUUGUAAUAUAUAAAUAUUCGUAUUGAUUACUUUUUUUCUUUUUUUUCCAAUUUCUCAAAAUAUCCUGAUCGUUUUCAUAUUUAUUAUAUUGACAAUUUUGUUCUAAUAAAUGAGCGAUGAGCUCCAAAAUAAAUACAGUUAGACAAAAAAGAAAUCUCUUCAAAUAAAAUCAAAGAACAAUAUAUUGUUAAUCGUGAUUAAAAUUGAGAAGCGCGAAUGAAUGUGAGAAUGAACGAGAGAUUAGUGAAAAAAAGAAGUUUAAUGUUGAAAACCAAAAUUGCAGACAGACCAAUAAUUUAAUAUGUAAUUUGUGUAGCUAAUACACAGAGUACAAUAAAGAAUAUUAAGAAAUUUGGAGGAA